AUGGCUGAACCUGCAAAACUUCGGUUGUGCGAAAGUCGACCCCGAGUGUUCAUUGUCUCCGAUAUCUCGAACGAGCCAGACGACGAUGAGUCUCUCGUCCGGUACCUUCUCUAUAGCAAUGAAUUCGACACCCGAGGGAUAGUGGCGUGUACAUCAUGCUGGCUGAGACAGAAGGUUUCCCCGGAAAGCAUGGAGAGAAUUGUAAAUGCCUAUGCAAAGGUCGUCGACAAUCUCAAUGCCCACGUUCAUCCGAGCAACCCAUAUCCCAGCCCAGAAUAUCUGCUUUCCAUCAUUAAGAGCGGUCCUCCGGUUUAUGGCCGUGCUGCGCUCGCACCCGGUGUGCCGCUCAGCUCCGGCGCAGAGCUUCUAGUCGAGCAGCUGAAGGCUUCAGAAGAGCCUCUCUGGGUAAUUUCGUGGGGAGGCGCGAAUGUCCUUGCGCAGGCGCUUCAGCAUAUACACCAAACAUGUUCGGCGACCGAGAGCGCGGCACUACGAUCGAGACUGAGAGUGUACACCAUAUCCGACCAGGACGACACAGGGAUGUGGAUUCGAGUCACAUACCCGGAUAUUUUCUACAUCUGCUCCGUACACGCCUGGAAGGAGUACGGCAUGGCGGCGUGGAUCGGCAUAUCUGGGGAUGCGCUUGUACCGUUCGAUGAAGGGGGACCGGACGUCACCAAGGUGAAGAAAGAGUGGCUUCGAGAACACAUUCAGAUCGGGCCCUUGGGGCAAGCAUACCCAACGUACUCUUUUAUUAUGGAGGGCGAUACACCGACAUUCCUAUAUCUUAUUCAGAACGGGCUGGGUUCCCCAGAGCACCCGGAAUGGGGGAGCUGGGGAGGCCGUUACGCUCUCGGCGAUAUUGGAGGCGCUUCAAAGCAUUACGCCGAUGCCCGUGACACAGUUGUCGGCAAAGACGGGAAAUCCCAUACCAGCAACCAAGCAACCAUCUGGCGCUGGAGGGAUCAUUUUCAGGAUGACUUUGCGGCACCCAUUGCUUCUAGAGCCUGUCGCGGGCGCGAAGUUCUUCUGGAUGCAUCGCAGAGUUACGAUCCAGAUGGCGAUGAGCUCACAUUCACCUGGUUCUUUUACAAAGAGGUGACCUCGGCACAACAAGACAUUCAGUGGAUAGUCCCAGAUCUGCAAUGGGACGUCGUUGAGGACGCUCAGAAGCCUAGAGGAAGUGUCAUUCGUGUGAAGAUUCCUCCACCGGCGGAGUGUGCAGUUGAUCUCGUCAAUGGCCAGGCCGUGGAGAAGGGCCAGGCUUUCCAUCUCAUACUUCAGCUGCAAGACAACGGAGUCCCCAGAAUGACGACUUAUAAGAGGGUUAUACUCCAAACGACGAACCCUGAGCUGCUGGGCGGAACUGGGAAGGUCUUUUCUACAUUCACUGAAGUUGUGGAGUCUCGUGGAGAUAUAUAG